GGAAGUCAAUCAUUGGUAUUAAGAGGCGCGGCUGCGGCUGAGCCUCAGAUCUGCUGGAAGGUGUUGUUUGUACGGCUUUCUCAGGAAGAGGAGCCCACCUGUGGAGGAAGUAGCCGAGGGUCCCCCCGGUGGCUGCCCAACCUGUGGUGUGUCUGUUGGUCCUUCGGCUCUGAAAUGUACUUAUGAGCUGGGAAUGGCAAAGAUGGAAGAUGAAAUGAAAAUGGAGACUGAGAACCUUGACCCAGAUCAAGGCUCUUUCUCUGUGACAGAUGACUCAAGUCAACAGUCUUCCCCUAAAUUAUCUGUAACUGAACUGAGCAAGGAGUUGGAAACAAAGAGUGAGCUGAUAGAUGAUAAGGAGUUUGAUAUUCCUCAGGUUGAUACUCCUCCAACACUUGAAAGUAUUUUAAAUGAGACUGAUGAUGAAGAAGAGCCAUUUGUUCUUGAGGACCCUUCUCUUCUAAACAUUGACAACAUCGACACACAUUCAUACGACACUUCUUCAGUCGCAAGUUCUGACAGUGGAGACAGGACUCACCUCAAAAGGAAGAAGAAGCUUCGUGAUUCUUUCUCUAUUCAUGGCUCAGUUAUACGACUAUCGCUUUUAAAAGGAAUUUCUGCACAAAUAGUGUCUGCAGCAGCUAAGGUGGAUGCUGGCUUACCCACUGCAAUAGCAGCAUCAAGUCUCAUUGCAGUGGGAACAUCCCAUGGUCUAGCACUCAUAUUUGAUCCUAACCAGGCUCUUCGGCUUUGUUUGGGAAGUACUGCAGUUGGAGCACAAUAUGGGGCAAUAUCUGCUCUUAGCAUCAACAAUGAUUGCUCAAGACUUCUGUGUGGUUUUGCAAAAGGACAGAUUACCAUGUGGGAUCUGGCCAGUGGAAAGCUUUUGAGAUCAAUAACAGAUGCUCAUCCUCCUGGAACUGCAAUUUUACACAUAAAGUUUACAGAUGAUCCAACCCUAGCAAUUUGCAACGACAGUGGAGGCUCAGUAUUUGAACUGUCAUUCAAGAGAGUCAUGGGUGUGAGAACGUGUGAAUCGCGCUGCUUGUUCAGUGGUUCUAAAGGAGAAGUUUGCUGCAUUGAACCUCUGCAUGCAAAGGCUGAGCUGAGAGACCAUCCCAUCACUCAGUACUCUCUGUUAGCAAUGGCUUCCUUAACAAAGAUUCUUGUAAUCGGACUGAAACCAUCUUUGAAGGUGUGGAUGACUUUUCCAUAUGGCCGUAUGGAUCCAUCCAGUGUUCCAUUGCUGGCAUGGCAUUUUGUUGCAGUGCAAACAGCUGUGAAUCCUGUGCUUGCCUUCUGUCGAGGAGAUGUUGUCCAUUUCCUUCUGGUAAAAAGAGAUGACUCUGGAGCAAUACAUGUUACCAAGCAAAAACAAUUGCAUUUGCACUAUGACCUCAUAAAUUUUACAUGGAUAAACUCCCGCACUGUUGUGCUUCUGGACAGUGUGGAAAAGUUGCAUGUGAUCGAUCGCCAAACACAGGAGGAGCUCGAGACAGUGGAAAUCUCAGAAGUUCAGUUAGUUUACAAUAGCAGCCACUUCAAGUCACUGGCGACAGGAGGAAACGUCAGUCAAGCACUGGCCUUGGUUGGGGAGAAGGCUUGCUACCAGUCUAUCAGCAACUGUGGUGGUCAAAUAUUUUAUGUAGGCACAAAGUCUGUUCAUGUGAUGACAUUGAGGAGUUGGAGAGAGAGAAUAGACCACCUACUGAAACAAGAAUGCCUGAAUGAAGCACUCGCUCUUGCUUGGUCCUUUCAUGAAGGGAAAGCCAAGGCUGUUGUAGGACUAUCUGGGGAGGAACAGAAACGCAAGGCUGUUGUUGCAGACAGAAUGGUUGAGAUUCUUAUCCAUUAUGCUGAUAGAAUUAUGAAGAAAUGUCCUGAGCAGGGUAAAAUCCAAGUGAUGGAGCAAUACUUUCAGGAUAUGGUCCCUGUCAUUGUUGAUUACUGCCUGCUGCUUCAGCGGAUGGACCUAUUGUUUAGUCAAAUGUAUGACAAGAUGGCAGAAAACUCUGUGGCGAAGGGUGUCUUCUUGGAGUGCCUUGAACCUUACAUUAUAAGCGAUAAGUUGGUGGGCAUGACAGCUCAAAUUAUGAAGGAUUUGCUGCUGCACUUUCAAGAUAAGAAUUUAAUGGCAAACAUGGAGGCUUGCAUUGUGCAUAUGGAUGUUACCAGUCUAGAUAUACAGCAGGUUGUCCUCAUGUGUUGGGAAAACCAUUUGUAUGAUGCCAUGAUCUAUGUCUACAACAGUGGAAUGAAUGAUUUUAUUACUCCAAUGGAGAAAUUAUUCAAAGUCAUUGCCCAUCCACUCAGUGCUGGAAAGUCCCUCUCAGAUGAGCAAGUAAUUAUGGGCAACAAGCUUCUUGUCUAUAUAAGUUGCUGUUUAGCAGGCCGAGCUUAUCCACUGGGCAAUAUUUCUGAAAAUUUGGUACCUUUGGUUAAAAAUCAGGUUUUUGAAUUCCUUAUCCGGUUGCAUUCAGCCGAAGCACCUGUGGAGGAAGAAGUUUACCCUUAUGUUCGCACACUGUUGCACUUUGAUACUCGGGAAUUCCUUAAUGUUCUUGCACUGACAUUUGAAGACUUUAAGAAUGACAAGCAAGCUGUGGAGUAUCAGCAGAGAAUUGUGGACAUCCUACUCAAGGUUAUGGUGGAGAACUCUGAUUUCACCCCAUCACAAGUUGGAUGUCUCUUUACUUUCCUUGCCCGUCAGCUUGCUAAGCCGAACAACACUCUGUUUGUGAAUAGGACUUUAUUUGACCAGGUCCUUGAAUUUUUGUGCAGCCCUGAUGAUGAUUCACGGCACUCUGAGAGACAGCAGGUUCUACUAGAAUUGCUUCAAGCUGGUGGUAUUGUACAAUUUGAAGAGAGCAGACUGAUUCAAAUGGCCGAAAAAGCUGAAUUCUAUCAAAUCUGUGAAUUUAUGUAUGAGCGGGAACAUCGUUAUGAUAAGAUAAUUGAUUGCUACUUGCAUGAUCCUUUGAGAAAGGAAGAAGUUUUUACUUAUAUCCACAAUAUCCUCUCUAUUCCUGGGCAUAGCACAGAAGAAAAGCAAUCUGUAUGGCAGAAGGCUAUAAAGCACAUUGAGGAACUGAUAUCAGUGAGUCCUUUUAAAGCAGCAGAUCUGAUUUCCAUUCACUUCAGUGACCAGAUUGAGCAAAUAAUCCAAAACUUGGAGGACCAAUACUUGCUUUUCCAAUUUUUGAAGAGCCUACUUGACCCAAGGGAAGGAGUCAAUCAAGACUUGCUUCAGCUCUCUCCUUCUGUUACUGAACAGUUUAUUGAAUUGCUAUGUCAAUAUGAUCCUGAGCAAGUUUUAGAGACAUUAAAAUUCUUGGAAUCUUACAGACUGGAAGAGACAAUUCAGAUUGUGCAGAAAAAACAGCUCUACGAAGCCUCUUCCUAUCUACUUGAGAAGAAAGAGGAUAUUCAUAGUGCCUUCUUGGUUAUGCUUGAGUUUCUACAAAGGAAGUUGUCAAUACUUACGAGUGAAGAUGAGAGUUCAGUAGAAGUUCCUUCAUUAAAGGCUAUUGAAGACACUUUAGCAAAAACAAUUGCACUUUGCCAGAGGAAUUCACACAAGCUGAAUCAACAGCAGAGAGAGGCUCUGUGGUUUCCACUCUUGGAGGCAAUGAUGUCCCCUAAAAGGUCAUCUAGUUCUACAGUGUUGGGCCAUUACUCGGAAUUUUUGAAGAAUUUGACAAUGCAAGUGCUGAACAAUAUGGCAGCAUUCAUUUCUUUACCAUUGAUCCUGCAGAGAAUUUUACAGGAUCCAGUGUAUGGAAGAGGAAAACUUGGAGAAAUUCAAGGUCUUGUGCUGGGUAUGCUGGACAGCUUUAAUUAUGAGCAAACUCUUUUGGAGACAACAACCAACCUACUCAAUCAUGACCUCCAUUGGUCUUUACGUAAUUUAAAAGCAUCUGUGACUAGAGGGCUCAAUCCCAAGCAAGAUUACUGCUGUAUUUGUCUGCAGCAAUACAAGAGAAGACAAGAGACUUCUGACCAAAUCAUAGUAUUCAGCUGUGGCCAUUUGUACCACUCUCUUUGUUUGAUGAGUAAAGAGUGUGGCAUUGAAUCAAAGGGACAGAUAAGAUGGACUUGCUUUAAAUGCAGCGCCAGUCACAAGGGAGGAAAACUAAGUGAAGCUUCCUCCGAGCUGAAAAGAAGAACUCCGGUGUCUCUGUCUCAGACCAGUUCAGAGUCUCUGCUGGAUCCUCAGCAAGCCCAAGCUUUUGACCAGCUUUGUCGUCUGUACCGAGGAACCUCCAGGUUGGCUCUCCUGACUGAACUUUCUCGAGACCGUGGUGGUGAAAAACACGGGCUUCUCCAUGUCUCCCAGGGUGAUUCUGCUCUGAAUAGUGUCUUCCAGAACGAGACCUUCCAGCUUCACCUCACACCACCACCUCCUCUUCUGGAUGACUAAUUUCUGCUAGUAUGAAAACACCAUGAAAAGUACUUGGAGGUGCUCUGCUCCUCCAUACCCUGAUGAUGGAAAUGGCUCACUUUGAACAAAGCAGACAGGACAUUGCCACAAUGCAGUCUUGGCAAGGAUCGGCUGUUUUUUUCCUUUUGUGAUUUGUUUAACAAAGCAGAAGGAACAUUUUAAAAUGUGGCUGGGCCUUCUUUGCAGCAGGCUUUGCCGAAAGCUAUCAACUACUCUGUUAGACCUAUGGUGUUCCUUGCUGGAGCUGAACACAACAGUACUUGGGGCAACUGUACUAAACCCCAGGGACAGCGAGUCUGCAACAAGACCUUAUUUACAUAAUUGGAGUCUGUUCCCUUAGAGAAGAGUACCAAGGGAAUACAACAAAUGUCACUAAUCUAAAGUUGACAUUUCUCAGGCUUCCUUUAACUAUCUCAUUUAAAUUUAGCACAAGCAGUGGAACCCUACAGUUAGAGUAUGAAUGCAGAAUGUGCAGCUCAGCCAAAUGAGACAGAGCGGCCAAGGAUGACCCGUUUGUCAGAACUCUAGCAAGAGUCUGUCUCUAGCAUUCUUCCUCUGAUUUCAGUCAUCCUCAUAAGUGGUUGUAUGUUAGUCUCCCUGAUAGUGAUUCAGAAAAGUUUACUCUGACAGGUCCUAUUCUAGGAAAAUGCCACUUCUCAGCCUCAGAAAUCCUGCUAACAAAACACACUGGAAUAUGCUGUUCAGCCAACUAGACAAUGGCAAACAUUUGGUGUCAGCUUCUGAAGCCUGCAGUAGUCGAAUGCCAGCAUUUCCACAGUGAUCUCACUGUUUCUCAUGUAGCAAAAUAAAACAGCACAUUCAUCAUUUAUGAUGGUUGCUGCUGCUGCUGCUGUUAAGUCUCUGAGCUGCAUGGAAAGAACAUCCCCUUUCAUUGUAUCUUGCCACCACCCUAGUCCAUCUAUCUGUAAUGAACUUUGUAGUGAAUUAAAAGAAGGCAUUCAGAUGGUUGUCAGUGUUCUUCCCAUUCUCUCUCCCCCCCCUCUCGCUCUGCCUCCUGUGCAGAAAAUUAACAACCUGUUAUUUAGGAAUGGAAUGCAAAUGUCUCCUGCCUCCUUUAUAAUACAGUAAAAUUUCUCAUCAGCAUCUUAUUUAAUACACUUACAUCUCCAAAAGCUGGCAUUCAGCAUCUUUCCUUGCCUGUUCCCUGUUGUCUUGAUAUUUGUAAAUAUACCAGUAUGUAAGAAGUGUGGAUGAAAAGGUUCAUGAAGAACAACAGAUCCCACCUUGUAGCACCUCUGCUACAGAGUGUGGAAUCAAACUUUAGUAAUAUUCUAUGCUGAACUGUUUGGGUUUUCUUAUUUAAUACUAGCUUGGGGACUCGGCAUUGCCUGGGUUAUUUGAAAAAGUCAGUAUUUUAGUUGUCCAAAAAGCAUAAGGUUAUGUGUGGGUAAACUACAAUUCUCAUCAUGCCAGGUUAACCUCCUGAAACUCCAUCAGUGGUUAAAGUUUGUCAUGUUGGGCAAGUUUUCUCUCUAGAUGCAUCAUCGGUGGGGUUCAGUGUGCUCUCUGGCUGGAGGGUAAACUACAGCUCCCACCAUGGUGGGUCAGCUCACCUCAAUUCCCUCCAGUAAGUUCAAUUGGUCAUGGGGGUUCUGUGUGUCAAGUUUGGUCCCAGUCUAUUGGUAAUGGUGGUCAGUGUCUCUGGAUGUCGGUGAACUACAACUCCCAGAAAUGAAGGUCAGUUCCUCUCAAACCCCUCCAGUAUGUUUAGUUGGUCAUGGGGGUUGUGUGUGCCAAGUCCAGGUCCAUCAUUAGUGGGGAUCAGAGUGCUCUUUGAUUGCAGGUGAACUAUAAAUCCCAGUACCUACAACUCAAAUGUGAAGGCCAAUUCCCCCCAUAACUCUCCAGUAUGUUCUGUUCGUCAUGGGGGUUCUUUUUGCCAAAUGUGAUCCAGGUCCAUUGUCAGUGAAGGUCACAGUGCUGUGUCUUGAUGCAGGGUGAACUACAACUUCCAUCCUGUUGAGUCAGUCCCCCAAAACCCUCCAGUAUGUUCAGUUGCUGAUCAAUUCCUGAAUAGGAAAGGGCUAUGGAAGAGGCAGUGGGUGGGGUCAUGCAAAUUCCACACCAAUGGGGAGAGAAAGGAACAUUGGGAAGUGUCUUUGGUGGAGGAAACACAUAAAAUCUAGGAUGAACUUGUCCCCGUAUGAAGGCCUUCACUUGGGUGGUGGACAGUAUGGUGUUUGUGGAGGACAUUGGCAGGGCUCUUGGACAUGUUCAUGGCACCUGCUAUAACCUGCAAUGUUCCUUGGAAGCAGGGCCAUUGGUGGCUCCUCAGCACUGGGAGUUGCAACUGUUUGUGGAGGUGGGAGUCUGUCUGUGUAAAUGGAAACCCCUGUCACGUACACGCAUACAGAUUUGCACUUUUAUUAUGUAUAUAGAGUGAUUUUUGUAACAUUUUUGCAUCAUUAAGGGUGCAGACAUUUCCAUUAAUAAUCCUGAUGAAAACCUUGUGUUGUAAGCCACUGCUUCUCUUUCCCUACCUAAUGCAACUGGUGCUUAUAAAAAAUUACAGAGCAUUGUGACUUUGCAUUAUACUCAUUAUCCCAUUAAAUGUAUAUCCUGAAUAAAAAAAGGGUGAGGGAAAUGAAAAGUAUGAGACUUGCGGUGUUAGAAGAAGUGGUUUCAAGAACAUAGCACCUGCUGUGUGGAAGUGAGUCUGAGAUUUGAUUUGGGGAGGAGCUAACACUACCUUUGUAUAGUUCAGCCCCAGUUCCUGGAGCUUGGCUAAGAGGCAGCAAGGCCAACAAGACAUCUUUUAUAAGUGUUUAGUGAAAGAGUUUUCAGGUGAUUUCUGUUUCAGUGCCUAUUUAAAACUACUGAAUAUGGACGUUGAAAGAGUUGCUGCAAUACCAUAGUAUGCUUGUGUUUUUGCCAUAGGAUGUUGGUAAUUAUAUCUGCAGCAAGUGCAACUUGGUUGCCCUAUUGGAAGAGAAAGUUCAGCAACUUGAGGCCUGUGUACUAUUCAGCAUAUUAGGGAGCAUGAAAUUUUAUUGGACAUAGUAUGUAGAUUGUCCUGGAUGAGGAGCACGAUCUAUCUGGGGAGGCAAGUUCCCAAACACAGGAGGUAGACAUUUGGAGGGCUGUGACAUAAAGAAGUAGAUGGUCAAGGGACCAUUGUGUGGGUUCAGAGCUACAGGUUCAAUUUAAAGCUCUCUCCAUCUUCAGUGAUGAUGAGGAAAAGUAACAAGAACAACAGUGCCAGCCCUCAGAAAAUGUCCAGAUAUUUGCUGGAAGACAAACUUUACUAAGAGCAUCAAGUCCAACAAAUUCUUCACUUGCCUUGUGGAUGAUUUCAUUGUCCAGAAGGUGGAAAGGGCCACAAGGGAAUCAGCUAUUUUAGAUCUAAUUUAGCCAACAGUGAUGACUUGGUGAAUGGGAUGGAAGUGUUGUGACCAUGUUCUCCUUGUUAUACAGCAGAAAGAGGAAGCCAAGCAUAGUCAGACAUGCAUUCUAGACUUUAAGAAAGUUCAUUUCCGUAAACUUAGGGAAAUACUGGUAUUUCUAUGGUCAGGAAUACUACAAUACUAAAAUAUGGAAAUUUGUGAUGAAUGGAAGUUUUUUCAAAGUGAGAUACGAAAAACAAAAUUUCAAACAGUCUCAUUGAGGAGGGUAUUGAAAGUUCUUUAAACACCCAUCCUGCUUUCCUUAAAUAUCCUCCUGAGCUAAAAUUUAAAAGGGACAUAUGCCAGAAAGGAAAAUUCAGUUCAAAUAAGUAGCCAGCAUGAGUAGAGAGAAAGCCAGAAAAACUAAAGAAGAGAAUGAGCUGAGGCUAAACAAAAAAGUUUUUUAUAUGCCUGAGAGUGCCUUGGAUUGCAAGAAGAUCCAACCAGUCCAUCCUCCAGGAAAUAAUGCCCAGCUGCUCACUGGAGGGAAGGAUAUUAGAGGCAAAGAUGAAGUAUUUUGGCCACAUCAUGAGAAGACAGGAAAGCUUGGAAAAGAUCAUGCUGGGGAAAAUGGAAGGAAAAGGGAAGAGAGGCUGACUAAGGACAAGAUGGAUGGAUGGUAUCUUUGAGGUGACUGGCCUGACUUUGAAGGAACUGGGGGUGGCGACAGCCGACAGGAAGCUCUGGCAUGGACUGGUCCCUGAGAUCACGAAGAGUCAGAAACGACUGCGUGAAUGAAGAAGAAGAGCAAAAGAAUGAACAAAUAAAUUGUAGAGCUACUGCAUGGAGAAGAUGGCAAAAGGCUAAUGAGACAGAGAAGCAACAGAACUACUUAAUACUUUUGUUGCCUUAGUCUUUAGGCCAAUCCAGACAUGCCCUGUUUCCCAGGAACUGAUGCCAGGUUUUCUGCUUUAAACUGGAUUAUAUGAGUUCUCACUGCCAGAUAAUUUGGGAUAAACAGAAAACCUGGGAUUAGAUCCUAGGAUAUAGGGACUAUCUGGAAGUGCCCUUCUUCCCAAGGGAAAACAGUGUUUAACUUGGGGAAAAUAGAACAUAUGCAGUAGGAGGAAUGCAACACAGAACAGUGAAAAAAAUACUACAGGGAUUCCUACCUACUUCAAAUCAAUUAAAGGCUCCACGGCCAGAUUAACUAUAUCCAAAGGUUUUUAAAGAAUUGGCAGAACUAAUCUCAGAACCAGUGGCAAUAAUCUUUGAGUGUUCUUGGAGGACAGAAGUCUUGGCAGAAGUCUCCAUUUCAAAAAAAAAGGGGGUGGGGAGAGGACUCAAUUACCACCAAAAUGGUAAAAACUCUGGAAAUCACGCCAUAUAAGGAGCAGUUUAGGAAGUUGGAUAUACUUAGCUUGAAGAAGAGAAGGUGAAGAGUGCUGUGAACCAUAUUUAAAUAUUUGGAAGGGUGUCAUAUUGAAGAUGUUUUCUGUUGCUCCAGAAACUAGGACAUAGAGCAAUUGAACCAAACUACACACAUUGAGAUUCUAGUUAAACAUUAUGAUGAUCUGAUGCAAUACACUAUUUUAGAAUGUGACAGAGUCUCUUCCUCUGUGGGUUUUAAACAGAAGCUGGAUUUUCAUCUGCAAGGGGUGUUUUGAUUGUGAUGGGGGUUGGACUGGAUUGUUCUUGUGGUCUCUUCCAACUCUAUGAUUCUAUGAAAUUGAGUUUCAAAACCAGAAGGAACCAAGCAUAGGUUCUACUUAACAGGAACUAUUGAAUAAGCAAUUGGCUGCCAUGGCUCACAUUUAAACACUUUUAAAAAAAUCUCUAACCCCCCAAAAUCUCCAUACUUUCAUGUUUCUUAGAAUGAUUUUGUGUGUAGUGCUCUUUUUAUUGUUUGAUGCUUAGGAACAAUGGUGCUGUGAACCAUAGUAUAUAAGAAUACUUAACUGAAUGCCCUUUAGUGGAACUACUCCUUAAAUGGUAGCCUUGAAUAAGUUGCAACAGUGCUAAAAUAGCAAAGUGAAAUAUGCAGUGAUGAAAGUCAUACAUACACCUGCACAUUACUCAAAGUGGAAUAUAUAUUUUCCUUGUACAAAAUAAGGGAAGUUACAUGGAUACAAUUACAUUAAUUCAAAACAUUUCAUGAUGUUUGAUUACUGCGGGCAGAGAAAAUUAGGUAUUGAUUUUUCUGGCUUCAUCCUUUUCCCUUAGAUACGGUUACACCUACUUAAAUAAAUGUUCAACUUCUUCCUUGAUUACAAAGAAAUUGAAAAGAGCCAUGAUAAUACUAUGAAUAUAUCAUUUUCUUGUGCCCAAAUAUACGUAUAAAUAUGUAUGAAUACUUCUGCUGCCUCUGCAUUAUUAACAAUAUGAAUUGACACUUCUCAAGUUAUUCUGUGCCUAAUAUAAUCAAGCGAGAGUACUUAAAACAGGCGAUUGCAGACUUUGAAAGGAAAAAAGGGAAAUAAGAUUAUAGUAAAGAGACUGUCACAAUCUCAAUCAACAGUUGUUAGCAUGCUAGUAAGAAAGAUGUCUGUAAUGGAUAUUUUAGAUCCGACUGUCCAUUAUCACAGUGCUGUUACGGAAAUUUGCAAUGCAACAAUACCUCAAAUUCGGGUUACAACUUGCAAACAUGGGGUGAUGGAAAGUAAUAACUAAAAUGGUUAGGUGGCUGGACUGGUAGGAAAAACAAUUCUUCUAGUGAUGUUUUAGAAAACUUUCAUGGCCGGAAUCACUGGGUUGCUGUGAGAUUUCUGGGCUGUAUAGCUAUGUUCCAGAAGCAUUCUCUCCUGACAAAGCUGGUCAAUUGCAACAUUCAUACUUGCCUCAAACAGACAAGAGAUUUUUUCUCCCACCCUGGAUAUUCCACAGAUAUAUAAACCUCACUUGCCUAGUUUCCAACAGACCUCACAAUCUGAGGAUGCCUGCCAUAGAUGUGGGCGAAACAUCAGGAGGGAAUGCUUCUGGAACAUGACCAUACAGCCCGGAAAACUCACAGCAAUCUCUUGGUUAUAUUUUUUACUGGCAGGCAAUUGUAUACAAUGGGAUUAAGAUAUUAGUCUACCAUCCCUUGCAUCUUCAAAUGUUCUUCAGAAAUUAUGUUUUGGGUGUCCUUUCUAUCUCUUCAAACUGGACUUAACUGGAAUUACUUUUGGAAAUAGGAAAAGUUUUCUUCCUCCAACCUAGAAUGGUCAUUCAGAUGUUAAACACUUGCUCAGAAUAUAUGCCCACAAACUACUUUUCUGGCAUAUAAAUGACUGGGGAGAAUUGGAGCAAGUGACCUAGAGCAAGUGUAGACAACAUACAUUAUCCUGUUAUUUUAGACUUUGAUUCGCAUAAUCUGAUGCCCAUAUGACCAAUGGCCAGGAAUUGUGCACAUUGUAAGUCAUUUCCUCUUGAGAACACAAGGUUGGCUAUAUUUGGACUAAAUGAACUAUCUUUUACGGCAAUCCUUUAUCUUGCUAAGUAUUAAUAGGCUUCUGUUUGUAAACUUGCGUGGGUAAAUCUGUCCCAGAAAUUAGUAUGUUUACAAAUAUUUUAGAGAGGAACAAUAUGCAUUUGGAUCAUUUUAUCUGCCCCUUUCCCACCCAUGCCCUAAAUCUAGAGCAGUGUUUCUCAACUUGGGGGUCGGGACUCUUGGGGGUGUCAGAGGAGUCACUAAAGACCAUCAGAAAACACACAUUUCUGAUGGUCUUAGGAACCCCUUUGGCAAAGAAGGCUGAAGAUCUCUCCACCUGACUUCGGAAACAGAUGGCAAAUCCUCCCACCAAAAGCCCAAUUCAUCCUAUCGUUGGUGGAGUUCAAAGAGCUCUUUGAUUGUAGGUGAACUAUAAAUCCUAGCAACUGCAACUCCCAAACGUCAAGGUCUAUUUUCCCCAAACUCCGCCAGUGCACAUUUGGGCCUAUUGAGUAUUUGUACCAAGUUUGGUCGAGAUCCAUGAUUGUUUGAAUCCACAGUGCUCUCUGGAUGUAGGUGAACUACAACUCCAAAACUCAAGAUCAAUGCCCACCAACCCUUCUAGUACUUUCUGUUGGUCAUGGGAGUUCUGUGUGCCAAGUUUGGUUCAAUUCCAUCGUUGGUGGAGUUCAGAAUGCUCUUUGAUUGUAAGUUAACUACAACUCCCAAAUGACAAAAUCAACCCCCUCCCCCCCGCAACCCCACCAGUAUUCAGAUUUUGGUGUAUUGGAUGUUUCUGCUACAUUUGGUCCAGUGAAUGGAAAUGCAUCCUGCAUAUCAGCUAUUUACAUUAUGAUUCAUAACAGUAGCAAAAUUACAGUUAUGAAGUAGCAACGAAAAUAAUUUUAUGGUUGGGGGUCACCACAACAUGAGGAAAUGUUGAGAACCACUGAUCUAGAGGUUAGAAGAAGUUGAGUAACGAAGCUGCAUAUUAGAUUGCUGUGACUUUCUUUUAAAAGAAAAGAGGGGAAAUCACAAUUUGAGUUGAAACUCUGGUGGGUAGGAGUCUCUUUUUCCUUCCAGCGUAGCAUAGUGAAGUUGAACCUUGAGCCAUAUGAUAAAUCAAAAUGAAGGUAGAGACCACAGAAAGUGGGUGUAUAGACAAGAAAAAGCAUUCACAGCCAGUUUUUCAGACCGAACCAGGCUACAUUUAUCACAGCAAAUGCCCUUUUGUGGAACUGCCUGGAGGCUUGAGGUUCAGAAAAACAAAAGUGAGCAGUGAGAUGUAAGUGCCUGCCAGCUAGACUAACCAAAGACAUGUUUGACAGAUGAUCGGGAGACUCACUGGGUUUCUUAGGUAUUUAUAGCCUCCGAUUACAAAAGUUCACAAAGUAAGGUAGUCCUUAAAUCAGCUGUACAAAUGAUUCUCUUGAUUCAGCUUUAAAAAGAAAAUAGUCUGGGCUUUAAGCUGAGAUUUUAUUAUUUCUAAGAAAGGUCAUUUGAAAGGUCAGAGCCCACUGGAACUAUUUGAUAGGUGACCGUGUAUUUCUUGGGAGUGAUUAAAUGUGGAGGAAGGUUAUGCAUUAAUGGUUUCAGGAUAUUUCAUAUCAGUGAAUAUAGCUGACUUCCCCAAACAGGCCACCCUCCAGAUGUGGACUACAUUUUCCAUUAGCUAUCACUGUCAUAAUCCGUCAGCAUGAUGGAUAGAAUAUGAUGUGAAUCAGGUUGGUGCAGAAUAGAGACGGAUAAUGUACAGCCCACUAGAGGUUGUUGGACAACAACUCCCAUAAGACACCAUAGUCAAUGAUGAGCCAAGCUAAGAGCUACAGUUCGAUGCCUUCUGGAGAUCCACACUUGGUUCACACAUGAUAUAUAAAAUGGCUGUAAAAACGUCUGUAUUAAUUUUUGCAGAAGAUUUUGACAGAAACAUUUAAGAGCACUUGGUUUUCUAGAUCCUUUUGAGAGGGAAAAAGUUGAACACUUUGGGCCUAUGUUGUUAGUAGAAUUGUGCUCUUUAAUAAUCCAGCAAGGUAGCGAAAAAGCUGAGGAGAACAUAAAACUUAAAGGAUAUAAAAAGGAAAGGCAUAACUUUUAUGUACUAGAAGAAUGUGUAAGUAGGGAUGUAUAAAAUGCUCCAAGUUUUUGUUUGUGGAAGGAGUGUGUGCAAAAAAUGUGUCCUUCUCCACUGUCAUCUUUGUGCUUCACAGGUAGCGUUAGAAUAAAUGUCAAACUGAUGCAUUAAACUGUGUUCAUGUUCACAUUCCCAAACAUGCAUUUGUAUCUUCUGGCUUUGUUUCCAGGACCCCCUCAUGGAUAUCAAAACCUGUGGUUGCUCAGGUCUCAUUAUGUACAAUGGCAUAGUGAAAUGAUGUCCAUUAUUAUUGUUUAUUUGUUCAGGCGUUUUUUACUCUUCCUGACCUCACGGACCAGCCCACACCAGAGGUUCCUGUCGGCCGUGGCCACCCCAGCUCCUUCAAGGUCAAGCCAGUCUCUUCAAGGAUACCAUCCCUCCAUCUUGCCCUUGGUCAGCCCCUCUUCCUUUUUCCUUCCAUUUUCCCCAGCAUCAUUCUCUUCUCCAAGCUUUCCUGUCUUCUCAUUAUGUGGCCAAAGUACUUCAUCUUUGCCUCCCUCCUUCCAGUGAGCAGCCGGGCAUUAUGAUGUCCAUUAUAUAAACUAGCAAAAUCAAGGUUAGCCUUUUGGAAUUUUGAUUUUUGAUUAUUUUAAAGCCAUAGACGGUUGAACCCAUGGAUGCAGAAUCUGUGGAUAUGGAGGAGACUGUGAUAUAUAUAUAUAUAUAUAUAUAUAUAUAUAUAUAUAUAUAUAUAUGUGUGUGUGUGUGUGUGUGUGUGUGUGUGUGUGUGUGUGUGUGUGUGUGGUGUGUGUUUAUAUAGUUAGAAUAUAACCACUUACUUAGUUUCCUCCUGCAUAUCAAGAACCAUUAUUAAUUUCAAAUGUUUUUGUAUGCAUCUCCCAAAAUGGAAUAAUUAUUUUUCCACUUAAAAUUCACAGUGGUAUUCUAUUUAGUAAUUCAAUUUACAGGUUUUACUUCUUCCUUUGAUGCUUUCUGUAGCAGCCUUUUAAUAAUGUUGAAUAUGUGUUUUGACUACUACUUGCCCAAGUGGGUGAUCCUGCCUUAAUCAUGUGACAACUACUUCAAUAGUUUUGAUUGUGCAACAUAAACACUUGAAUUCAACCUUCAGUGUCUAAUGUUCGUCAUAUUCUUUCCUGCUUUGUUGUAUAAAAAAAAUUAAAUUUUGUAAAUUCUUCUCAUA